AUGGCUACUUCGAAGAAUGCGCUGGAGCAUGUUCCUUCUGAUGGAAUAUCAGAUGGGCCCAUGGAUGCUAAGGGUGUACCCUAUAGCCGUCGAGACUAUGCCGGGGCGCAAGCGAAAACAGAUCCACUUGAGAUCAAGCUGGUGAGAAAGCUAGAUAUGCGGAUCAUGCCCGUUCUGUGGUUGAUGUAUUUCUUCAACUAUGUUGACAGAGGUGCUCUGGCACAGGCACGCCUUAACGACCUAGAGCAGGAUCUUGGCAUGGCAGGCAACGACUUCAACGUUGCUGUCUCUGUCUUGACUGUCGGAUAUGUGCUGAUGCAGGUGCCGAGCAACAUGCUGCUCACCAGGGUUCGACCGAGCAUUUAUUUGGCCGUCGUUAUGUUUAUCUGGUCGGUCAUCUCAGCUUGCACUGGGCUUGCAAGCUCUUAUGGCUCGCUCAUCGCCUGCCGAUUUCUCCUGGGAUUCUUCGAGGCGCCGUUCUACCCAGGCGCCCUUUAUCUUCUAGCAAUAUUCUAUACUCGGAAAGAGGUUGCGUCUCGGAUGGCCAUCUUGUACACAGCGCAGAUGGCAGGGCUCAGCUUCGCCAACCUCAUUGCCGCCGGGGUCUUUGCUGGCCUUGACGGGAGAAGAGGCCUGAGCGGAUGGGGAUGGUUAUUCAUAUUGGAAGGGACCGCGUCGGCAGUAGUAGCACUGGGUGCCAGCUGGCUCCUCCCAGAUACGAAUGAAACAACCCGCUGGCUCAGCGACAAAGAGCGGGCAAUUGGAAAGAGCCGCAUGCAACGAGAUCAGCUAGUUGGUGCCCAAGAGCAUGAGCCUAUAUGGUAUGCCCUGAAGAGUGCGUUGCGCGACCGAAGGCUGUGGUUGUUUUGUGCGAUUCAGAACUUUCAUUACGCGGGCCUCUCAUUCAUCAACUUCCUCCCAACGGUAAUAAAAGGCCUCGGCUUCACAGACACCAUCGCCCUGCUACUCACGUGCCCUCCGUACAUAUUUGCUUGCAUCGCGUCUCUCCUGCUAGCGUGGAGCUCAGGCCGGUUCCACGAGCGCACCUGGCAUAUCACCGCCGCUCUAUCCAUCGCCAUUAUCGGGUUCGUGGCCGCCGCCUCAACGCUGAACGUGGCCGGUCGGUAUGUGGCGUGCUUCAUCUUCCCAGCCGGCGCCUAUUCGGUCAACUCUGUUAUCGUAGGUUGGACAGCGACCACCCUAUCGCAGAGCCCAGAGAAGAAAGCGGUUGCGCUUGCGGUGACGAACGUGAGCGGCCAGGUAGCCCAGAUCUACGGGGCGUACCUAUGGCCUGGUAGUGACGGACCACGCUAUGUGAUCGGGUUCAGUGCCUCGGCGGCGUUUUCUCUGCUCUCGCUUCUGACUAGUUGGGUCAUGAGGUUCGUGCUCAUGCGCGAGAAUCGCCGAAUGCAGCAGAGUAUUGGAGGCGAUGGGAAAGUGAAUUCGUACGCAUACUGA